CGGUCUGGACAAAGCCCAAGAUAAAAGGAAUGGAACGCCUCCGGCCACGACACGAGCGCUCCUCUCGCCGCACCCGAAAUCCGCCGCCACCGCCGUCCAGAGCCCCAUCCCGCCUCCCCGGCGGCACUCCGAGGCUAGGCGGGUUCCGAGCGCCGCGCCGCGGCCCCUCGUGGUUUUGCGGCCGCGGGGUGCGAGUGCGAUCCUAGGCAGCGAAGGGGUCGGCGGGGAGGAGGAGGGAGGACACGAGUGAUAGCCCCUCCCCCGCCCGCCUCCUGCAAUAAUUAUUUGCUGCGCGCAGGCGCAGGUCGGUUUCGAAUUCGCCAUUUGCCGUGCCGACCAAUAACCGAUGGCCCCGCGCGCCGCCCUCCCCCUCCUCCUCCCCGCCGCGCUCGCGGUGCUGCUGCUGGUGGCGGCCUGCUCCGCGGCCCCCGGCGUCUUCCAGGUGCGCCGCAGGUUCCCCGCCGGUGGAGGCGCCGCCGCGCUCCGCGCCCACGACGGGCGCCGGCACGGCCGCCUCCUCGCGGCAGCCGACCUCCCGCUCGGCGGCCUCGGCCUCCCCACCGACACCGGGCUCUACUUCACGGAGAUCAAGCUCGGGACGCCGCCCAAGCGCUACUACGUGCAGGUCGACACCGGCAGCGACAUCCUCUGGGUGAACUGCAUCUCCUGCGACCGAUGCCCCCGCAAAAGCGGCCUCGGGCUAGACCUGACGCUCUACGACCCCAAGGCGUCCUCGAGCGGGAGCCCGGUCUCGUGCGACCAGGGGUUCUGCGAGGCCACCUACAAGGGCAAGCUGCUGGGGUGCAGCGCCAACAUGCUCUGCGAGUACAGCGUCAUGUACGGUGAUGGCAGCUCGACGACGGGGUUCUUCGUCACUGAUGCGAUGCAGUUCGACCAGGUGACCGGGAAUGGGCAGACGCAGCCUGGAAACGCCAGUGUCACAUUUGGGUGUGGUGCUCAGCAAGGUGGGGAUUUGGGAAGUUCAAACCAAGCUCUCGAUGGAAUUCUUGGUUUUGGCCAGGCAAAUACAUCAAUGCUAUCGCAGCUAGCUGCUGCUGGUAAAGUUAAGAAGAUAUUUGCUCAUUGCUUGGAUACCAUAAAUGGAGGUGGAAUUUUCGCUAUUGGAAAUGUGGUGCAGCCAAAAGUAAAAACAACACCGUUGGUAGCUGACAUGCCGCACUACAAUGUGAACCUUGAAUCAAUUGAUGUUGGUGGUGCUACAUUACAGCUACCAGCUCAUGUUUUCGAAACAGGAGAGAAAAAAGGUACCAUUAUCGACAGUGGUACAACCUUGACAUACCUUCCAGAAUUGGUUUUCCAAGAAGUAAUGUUUGCGGUAUUUAAGAAGCAUCAAGAUAUAAAAUUCCACAAUGUUCAAGAUUUUAUGUGUUUCCAAUACUCUGGAAGUGUUGAUGAUGGUUUCCCAACUAUCACCUUCCAUUUUGAGGACGAUCUUGCACUGCAUGUGUAUCCACAUGAGUACUUUUUCCCAAAUGGGAAUGAUAUAUACUGCGUGGGAUUCCAAAAUGGUGCAUUACAACCAAAGGAUGGAAAGGACAUUGUGCUUAUGGGAGAUCUUGUUCUUUCAAACAAGUUGGUUGUCUAUGACUUGGAAAAUCAAGUCAUCGGGUGGACUGACUACAACUGUUCAUCGAGCAUUAAAAUUAAGGACGACAAGACAGGCGCAACAUAUACCGUCAAUUCACACAAUAUCUCCUCCGGAUGGAGAUUCCACUGGCGCAAGUCCCUGGUUCUGUUGUUGGUAACAGUUGUUUGCGGCUAUUUGAUAUGCUAACUCUGUUGUACAACACGGGCACGGAACACUGAUGGAAAUUCAUUUGAUUCAUAUUCUUUUCAUGAAAGAAAAGGAAAGGUAGGGCCUUAGAUUGUGUUGUUGUUGUCUGACCACGGAAAACAUUGAAAACAGAAACAUUGUACACUACACAGUGAGCCUUUGUAUGACUGGUGUAAUGCUGAGGUGGGAAAUAUGGCUGCACGUAAUUUAAGUUUCCCAUAAGAAAAGUUGUGUGUCAAAUAUA